AUGUCGGACCCCUGCGAGAAGCGGAAGGGCGGCGCGGCGCGACCCGCCCUGCCCCGCGGCGCGGCCCCGCAACGCCCGCCGCGUCACGUGGCCCCGCGCCGCGCCAAUCAGCGCCGCGCAGCGCUCGCCCUCUGGCGGGCGGCGGAGGCCGUUGAAGAGGAUAGCUUCUGGUUACCAACAUCACAGCAAAACAAUCCAUAUGUAUCAUGCAAAUCUCUUAAGGGUCAACUUCCCCUGCUUACACUUAAAAUAACAUCAACCCCUGCCUGUAAUUCAGAGAAGGGCUUAAACCAUGAACUUUCUAAACUUUUCAAUGAGAUGUGGGAUAUGGAUGUUAACCGCUUUAUGCCUGGGAAAGACUACACAAUUGAACUGCAGGGAAAAGCAGGUGACAGUGCUACCCAAGACAGUGCAUCCAGACAUCUGUUUCACUAUGUAAAUGAAGAACGUAUGAAGAGCAUAAAAACUUUUACAACCUUUAUUUCCUUAUUGGACAACUAUGAGACAUCAACUGGUGUAGCAGAAGUAGUGACUCCAGAAGAAAUAGCUGAAAACAAUCGUUUUCUUGAUGCUAUCUUAGAAACUGAAGUCAUGAAACUAGCUCAUCAGUAUCUGGUUAAAAAAAACCUGUCGGAGCCAAACCUUACUGAUUUCAAAUCUCAGCUCUAUGACAUCUGGUUUCAGCUCUAUGCCAGAAAAGAAGGCAACAGACCUGAUUCCUGUGGUUUUGAACAUGUUUUUGUUGGAGAGACAAGACGUGGCAAACAGAUCUUAGGUUUGCACAACUGGGUGCAAUUUUACUUUCAGGAAAAGCGUAACCAAAUUGACUACAAGGGGUAUGUUGCCCGGAAGAAUAAAAACAGGCCUGACAAAGAUGACCAAGUUUUGAGCCUCCAGUUCACUUGGAAGGGCUUGGUAAAGCCAAUUGGAAGCACCUUUGUUGGUGUCAGCCCUGAGUUUGAAUUUGCCCUUUACACUGUCAUUUUUCUGCUGCAUAAAGAAAAUGUCGUACGUGAAACAGUGAAGAUAGAGGAAUAUGAGCUACAGAUAGUAGUUUGUCGCCAUGGGCAGCACAUUGGAACAGCCUAUCCGGUACUUCUUGGCACUAGUAAUGAAGACUUGUAGUGACAGUGAUCAGGAAACAUUUUUUUUUUUAAAGAAGGAGUAAGUUAGCGAUUUAUUUCUAGUACCAAUUUAUAAAUCAUUCAUUUUUGGGUUGCAAUAAAGUGUUUAAUGAAUAAUGUGCUACAAUUCUGUA